AUGCCGUGCUCCAAAUGCACGUCCGAGAUCUACACUGGCCAGGACGUGGCUUCAAUGUAUGGAGUUGUUAACCCGACCCAGUCCACUCCCCCUCCUAAUACCGGCACGGCCAGUCCUGUUAGUGCGGCGCGAGUUUACCUUCCGGAUGUCGACCACGAGGUGUUCAAGCAUUUCCGCCGCAUAAAGGUGGACGAGGGGAAAUCGCAGCAGUACGAGUGCAAGUACUGCUGCAAUGUUUUUUCUGGUGCCGCCAUCCGCUGCGCGCAGCACUUGGCGAGUUGGAGGAAGAUGAAGCGCCGCGAAGUGGCGAUAUGCAAGGAAGCCCCCGCUGACAUUCGGGCUGCGAUGCGGAAGAAGUACGAGGCUAAGGCUGCAGCGGCGGAUCAGCGCCGUCAGGCGACAUCGGAUGCCAUUGCGUCGGUCACCAGCAGCGGAAAGAGGAGCCGCAUUACUGACUACUUGGAGACGGACGCGGCAGCUGGGAAGCGCGAUGCACAUGAGGCGUUGGCGCUCAUGUUCGCGGCGUGUCGCAUCCCGGAGCGCGUCGCGGAGCACCCUCUCUUCAUCAAUGCCGUCUGUGCCAUUAGGGACGCCGGCACAGGAUACGCGAACGUGUUUCUCGUCAACGACAGUGGCGCCGUGUUCAAGGACAGCGUGGACUGCCGCAUGGAGACCAAAACCGGCGGUUAUGUCGCCAGCAUCCUCAGGCCCGUGGUGUUGGAGGUCGGCCCAGAGAACGUGGUGGCGUUCUGCACGGACGGUGGGUCCAACUACGCGGUGGCGUGCAACGCGUUGAUCGCGGAAUGGCCGCACAUUCAACACGUGCCAUGCGCCACCCACGUGUUGGACCUCUUCAUGGAGGACGUCGGCACGAUGACGUGGGCCAAGAAGGUGGUGGACCCUGCGGGCGAGAUCAGCUCCUUCGUCCGCAACCACCACUGGACGAGGGGGUACUUGAGGACCCCGGAACUGGUGGGUGCAAAGAUGUUGCAGGCGCUGAAACCGGCUGGAACAAGAUUCGGGACACAGUACAUUGUUGUGUCCCGUCUCUGUGAGCUGCGGCAGUCGCUUAGGCAGAUGGUGGUGUCUGAUCUGUGGAAGGGCUGGGCAGUUGGGGAUAGGAAGAAGACUGCGGACAAUUUUGCAGCGCAGGUUCUUGAUGACGCGUGGUGGAAGACGGCGGAGUUUUUCUGCAAGCUGAUGAAGCUCCCGUUCAUGGCAAUGCGUAAGACCGAUGGGGAUGCCAAGGGGAUGAUGGGCCGUAUGUAUGACAUAAUGCUGCAGUUGACCGAGGAUCACGCCGAGCACCUCAGUAAUCACGGGAAGGAGGGGGAUGAUGGGGAUGACAUUGGCGAGGCUUUGAUGGAACUGCAGGACGGGCUGGCGGCCCUCGCCAUCAGGACUCUCUCUCAGCCCGUGUCGGCGUCACCAUGUGAGAGGGGAUGGUCAACGUGGGGUGGGGUGCACACGGCCCGCCGAAACCGCCUUGGCUCUGCCAAGUGCCGGGAUUUGGUUGUUGCGCACAACUGGAACGUUGUGCGCAACUGGCAUUCCCGUGCAAAUGUCAUGCCGGGUGUGGUGCUAGGGAACAUGCCGGAGCCUCCCGUGCCCGAGGGCUACAAUGUGGGGGAGGGGGACGAGGAGGAGGAGGAGGGGAAAGACGACAUUCUGGAGGAUGAGUAUGCGUAG